AUGAAAUUUAAAGAUUAUUUAAGUUCUCUUGUAUCCAAACGUAAAAGUAAUACACCAUCUUCAAAACCACAUCCUAAACCAAUUCAUACAAAAAAUCAUCAAGAAUUAACAGCAUCAACUGAUUCUCAUUAUGAUAUUUGUGGAUAUGAAGAUAUUAAUGCUAUUGUUACUGACGAUCAACAUAGUCGUACUCACAUAUUACUUGCUCGUCAUGCUGAAUUAGUCAAUACAAUAGUUGGAACACGAUCAUCAUAUGAUAAUGCAUUACCUUCUUGUUCUCAAUGUCGUACUUCAUAUCAACCAUCGCCUGCAAUUCCACCACCAUUACCACCACCACUUCCACCUAAAUUAUCAUUAGAACAGCAAAUAUCACAUUCAAAUCGUAAUUAUUCGAGUACAUUAGCAACAUGUAGUCCACGUCGUGAAUGUCAACAUCACCAUCAAGUACAACAACAGCAACCAAUUCAUUCAACACACCUCAUUUCGCCACAAUAUUCGACACCAAAUCCAAGUAUUAUUUCAUCGAGUAAUAGUUCAUUAUGGACAACAACAACAACAACGAGUUUAUCUAAAAAACAACGUUCUAAAAUUCGAACUAAUCCUUGGAUUGGAAAUACUUUAAUAAAUAAUCGAUCAUCAAUUUUUAUUGAACCAUCAAAUGUAUUUCAUCAUCAUACAUCACCACUAGUACCACUCUUAUCACAACCUGAAUAUGGUAUUUAUGAUUCAACAUUUCAUGCAUCAUCUGUCGGAUUAAUACAUUCGGAAUCAUUUCCACAAACAACAUCAAAUGGAAAUAUUAAUCUAACAAAUUCAUCAUCACCUCCACCACCAGAACCAGCACCACCACCAACAUCUAUUGUUAUGUUACAUCAAAGUGAUAGUGGACAUGGAUUCUCUCUAUCGAGCUCAAGAGUUAUUGGUUCCUCAUCAUCAUCACCAUCUAAUGCCUCGUCUUCUUCUUCACCACCUCCAUCAAAUUCAUCAUCAGCAAAUAAUACAGUUGGUGAUGGUAUUUUAUUAAAUAACAAACAAUAUCGUCAUCAAAGGAAAUUUAAAAAAAUUUCAACAACAUUAUCACCAUUAGUAAUACAAAGAAGUUCAAUACAUAAUACGGAUACAGAACAAUAUUUUUGUCCACAGACAAUCACUUCGGAUAGUGGUAGUUUAACACGACGAACGAAAGGUAAAAUUGAAAAAAAAUUUAUUCAUUUAUUUAUUUAUUUAAACAUUUCAGCUUCUCAAAUGUCAUCAACAGUUACUAAUCAAUAUCGUUAUGAACGACCAUCAAAUACUACGAAAACUAGUUCUGUUAAAUUGCCGAUUGAUCGAAUGAAUCGCGAACAUCAUUCAUGUAGUUCAUCAUCUCGUUCAAUUGAUGAUCAUUUUUCACUUGAAUUUGAAGAAAUACUUGAAAAUGAACGUUCAUAUAAACAACGAAAAGAUAAACAAUCUUCAACUAAGCCAAUAUCACCAACAUCGACAUCACCACGAAAGAAUCCAUUUAUACUUCCAUUAGAUAAAACAAAUAUCAAAUUGCCAUCACCACCACCAAUUUUAUUUUCACCAACAUUAACAAAAACAAAUUCACGUGCUAUAUUAAAACAUAUUGAAGAAAUUGAAAAUGAAAUUCGAUUAAUUAAAAAUUUAGAUGUGAAUAAUGGUAGUGAUGACGAUGAUGAUAACGAGGACGAUGAAUGUGUUCUUUCACCACAAGCUUAUCCUGAAGAAAUUAUUGAUUUAGAAGAUGAAAAUGACGAUGAUAAUGAUCCGGAAGAAAAAAUUAAAGAUGAACGACAAUCAAUCAAUGAACAAGUUGAUCAAUGGGUUGAAAAAUGUUUAAAAACAACUAAUAAUACAAAUAAAUCAGCAACUCUUGUUCAUACUGAAUGUGAUCAUGUAUCAAAUACUAUGAACGAUUAUAUUGUUUGUUUAUCUUCUAAUAAUGAUCGACGAACUUCAUCAAUACCAAAACUUCAACAACUACCAAAAUUAAUGACAGCUUUCUAUUUAAGUUCAAUACCAGAUCAAACAACAAAACGAACAUCUUCAUUUAUUGAUAAACCACUAACACUAGAGAAAUCUCAGACAGUUAUACAUCAAUUACAACCUAUACAUGAAUGUCCUUUUUAA